AUGGAGAUCCCCCUAUUGUUGACAGUACUUUGCAAACGGAAGAAUCAUUCGAUUGGGAGCCUUGAUGAGCCUUGUGACUACCUCAACUUCAUUCUGGACUACGUGCCUCCUAUCUCCGCCCCGUCUGCUAGCGUUGUUGCCUUUGAUCUCUUUGGUACCAUCCUUGACCGUGACGGUGCUGUGAAUGAAGCUAUGCAUUUGUUAUCACCAAUGCAUCCUGACAGAUGCCGCAUAUCUGAAGUGUAUCUCGAAUGCGAACUUAUGGGACAUGGAGACAACCCUAAUGCACUCUACAUCAACAUCAUGUGGCAUGCGUUGGAGGGUGUCUGCACAUUUCUAGGAGUGCCGCUAAGUGAAGUUUUACUCCGCGAAGCUAUCCAGACUAUCCUGCAACCUGGUUUGUAUCCCGAUGCAGAGGCUGCUGUGAGGACGCUCCUGGCUCAGGGUUAUACAGUGGUUGGCCUUCCAAUCCCAGAUGCUCAGUCAUUUUCACUUCGUCAACUUCCGUUCGGUCUUACUGUGGACAAUCACCCUACGCCCCUUUCAGAUCUUUUUUCUCAAAACCCCUCUAUAUUUUCGGACCUCUUGGAGUGCUGUCGCUUGGCAUGCAGUACCAUCGAAAGGACCCAGGUUCUUGUAGUGAUGUCCAGCCAUUAUCAAGUGAUGGAACCAGCAAGUGUCGGCAGUUUCCCAACUGUUUUGGUUCAACUUGAUGGACUACAAGCUUUACAAAUGCGACUACAAACAUUGUCUGCUCUUCAUCCUUCACCAGUGGAGCACACUCCAAGUAGCAUCAAGGAAUUCCGUGUUUGCAGUAUGUAUCAGGUAACAGACUUGCUUGGAGUGGGAAGCUUUGGAAAUGUGUCGAGUGCUGUUCAUGUCCUCACCGGCUCGGAGGUUGCAGUGAAAAUGGAUAUCCCAGCUGAUGCACCGACCACACCCGUUGUACUGCCUUAUGAAGUUCUGGUGUAUGGUCUGCUGCGCGGACACCCAGGCAUACUAUCAUGCAAAUGGAGUGAUAUGAAAGGAGGAGCACAGUUCUUGGUUCUUGACCAAGUAGGUGUGAAUCUUGAACAACUCCGGAGAGUAUGCAGGGGUGAACUCUCUUUGAAGACAGUAGUUAUGCUUGCUGUCAAAAUGUUGGAUAGAAUUGAAUUCAUGCAUUCACGAGGGCUUGUCCAGCGGGACACCAAGCCCAAAAACUUCGCGAUGGGACUUGGGGAGAAGUCUGAUAUGGUCUAUCUGCUCUGA